AUGUUUAAAAAACUUAGGUCGUUGGUCUCCUACUACAUCGCUGGUGACUCCUUGCUCCGCACAUCGGUUUUCCUUGCUCUGCUCAACCACCACCACUAUUCACCACCCACAAAUGUUCUCUUCUAUCCUUUCUCCCCCACGAUGAACACUACUGUCUUUCCCUUACAACAUCGUCGACCAUCAUCUUCUCUAUUAUCUCAUGCAUGUACAAAACCCUCAAACCGAUGGUUUACCAGAGGAAACAAAAAGACGAACUCAGAUGAAAAUCGGGUAGCUGGAGGUACCUCACAAUUUUAA